AUGGAGCCUGGUUCGGCUAGCCAGACGAUGGCCAAAGCAAAGUUCGAGUUUGUGGGCAGUAAUAACGAUGAGGUUUUUGUAUUAACUGGUGUGAUUUUAUUUCAAAUUUCAGUUACACUUUGGCAAAGACGACAUAAUUGUGAUAACCCAACAGCCGGACGGAGGAUGGUGGGAAGGAACUUUUAAUGGACAGACCGGCUGGUUUCCUGCCGCCUAUGUCACUCUGAUCACCGAAAAAGGUUAGAAACCUUCCAAAUGUUUUGAGAAAAAUGGAUUUUCAGAAAAGUUGAUGAGAUCGCGUUCUGUCCCAAAUGCCAGUGCUAAAGGAAUGGGUAAGCGAGCAAGUUUUAAAAUGUUUCACGGAGAAAUUCUUUCAGAACAUCUCAAAUCAAUCGAGCUGAAUCGUCAAGACUACAGGGCUGACGUUUUGAAAAACUUUCUCAAAUACGAAAGUGAAUACGUAGAAAGCCUCAGAGGAACUAUCGUCAACUUCCUGCACCCCAUUAUGAAAUCUGAAAUGUAACUCUGAACUUUUGUUUGGAUUUUAACGUUUUACAGUUUAUCCGCUGAGGAUUUCGACAUUCUUGCCGGAAACUUUGAAGAAAUAUUUAAAGUUCAAAAGUCAAUUUUGGACGAGUUGGAAGAAAACGUCAAGUUAGCGCCAUCAUACGGAUUUUUGAUAAAAAUCUUUUUUUUAGAGAAGAGCCACAAAAACAAAGAAUCGGCGGUAUUCUCCUGAAUGCUGCUGUCGGCUUGCGCAAGGCUCUAUUGCGUUACUCAGAAAACCAUCCGAAAGCUGCAGAAGUCAUCAAAGAGAAAUUGUAUGGUGUAAAUGGAAUAUGUUUAUAUAACUAUUGUAUUAAGUGGCGAUUUGGAAGGAGUUUUGACCAAGAACGGCAAGGAAAUGAAGGAUCUCAUAUCCGGACUGAGUGAGCCUUUCCGCCACAUUGAGCGAUACCAGCCAGCUAUGCAAGAAAUGGAAAGAAUCGUGACGGUAAAAUUUUUGGGAGACUUUAUUCGAGUUAUUUCUUCAGGAAGGUUAUGCCGAUCGAGGAGAUCUUCACAGGAGUGGCUCAGUGUACAGAGAAAUCAAAGUAAGUUUCACUUAUUGAUGAUAAAAACGUUUGUGAAUCGGACCGAAGAUUCCUUUCAAAUCUUAUUUUAUGCAAAAUGGUUGUUAAAAAGGCUCAGUUUUAAAUACUUUAAUGAACUUUUUUUUCUGGACCUUCAUGCCUUCAAAAAGAGGGAAGAAAAAAUGAGAGUGCUAAAAAAGAGUGAGUGCUGAAAGUUUCGGUCAUUGAUGAUUUUUGAUUAUAUUACUGUAGCACAUUUUGGUUCAUACACAGUCAAUAGUAAAGAUAUUUUUAAUUUAAAACAUUUUGUGUUUUUCAAAGGGUCUAAAAAGGGUGGAUAGAAGCCGACAAAAGGACAGAAAAAGGGCAGUAACCACUCAUUUAGGAACAAUUAAUGGAAACUCUUGAACCAUAACAAACCCUCAAAGGCUUCAUAAAAUUCCUUUUGACUCUGGUUACAAUCUCAUAUUAUCAAAAUUUCACUUCCUGACGUUCCUAACUUUUCCAAUUAUCAAUAUAACUUUCUUGGUAUAUAUCAGCUAGCCCUUUACAGGAAUGCUGCACGACGAUCCGAAAGCAGAAAGAAGCCCAACUCGAGUUUUUAUACGUCGCGAAAGUAGAGAAAAUUGUGCCGUUUACUGAACGAGGGUCGAUUCUUUACGUGGGAGUGAGCAGUGUUCAGGUUGACAACAAGGAGCCCAGUGAUAAGUGAAUCCUAGAUGGGAAUCAUUCCUCUAACUGAACUUCUUCAGAUUCAUCUCACUGUUUUCUCGUUAUUUGAUGUUUUUCGACAUCACCACAUCGAUGGGGUACGAACUUCAAGAAAAAAUGCCAACCAACGGGUUAAAUGUUACGAAAAUCAACAAUGAGCAAGUUACUAUUGGUAAUGGGACAAAGUACUGCUUACUGUUGCAAUUUCUAUUUAUAGAGAGGAAAGGAACCAAAAUUGUCUUGGGGAACUCUCAGCAAUCAGAAAUUGACCGUUGGAUGGCUGCCUUUGGCAAAUGUGACGGAGUCACGACAUCCACAAACGUCACUGCCCUACGGAAGCCUUCCACGACGGCUAAUGAUAAUGUGAGUUAGAAAUUAAUGGGGUUCACUUACAGUUUAUUCACUAACUGAAGCGCACAUAGAUCCUCACUAUCUGAAGCGCUUAUAAUAACCAAUUUUGCCAGUUUUAGCGCCCCUAUAGGGGUUGGGAAAGCAAUCCCUAAAAGGGACCCUCCGAGGGCACCUGAAAUUGCUCUAUAGGCACCACUCUGGAGUUAGAAAUUAAUGGGGUUCACAGCCGUUUAUUUGUGAAAACGUGUUGACAUGCUCCAAAAUUAAGUUUCAAGUUCUAUAUUCUCCAUUUCUAGUGGUUUUGAAGUUGCGAUCUUCAUACUAAAACCUGAUCUGGGUUCAGAAAAAAUUAAAAUAAAAGCUGACCAUUGUAGAGCAUGAUUUUUUUUUUCAUUAUUCAAAAGUACUUCAGUGCCAAGAAGAUGGCGCACUGCGGCCGGUCGAACUCACUCCAAGAAGACGUGUUUCGAAAGGGUAAGAUUGGAAAAAGGGAAUAAUGGUUGAUAAUGUUAUCCCAUCCAUUCAGGUUAGAAGAAAGCUUGAACAACAGUGGGAUCAAGUUCGAUCACGAUUUGGAAAUGAUUCUCCCAGAAGGCUUUUUCUCCAAUGAGCGAGAACCACGUCAGAACGCCUUCAGGUAGUGUAACUUUGAACUUAAUUUAUUUUUUUCUGGAAAUGAAUAAAAAAAUUUGGAGCAUAGUUUUUUUAAGAAUUUCAGUAGUCAGACUAGCAUGAUAAAAAAAGGUGUAGAGUAUUCCGAUUUAGCUACUAAACACGUAAAUAAUUUUUACAAUAAUUAAAAUUGAUCAGAAUUGAUCAAAAGUCAUUAUUCUUUAAAUUUUUUCUCCCGAUUACGACGUUCCAGCUUACGGUAAAGAGAUAAAAGCAUUAGCGAUGCGUCUAACUGAAUUUCGUCUCACAAGAAAUGACGUGGAAUUUUUCAGAGCGCAGUUCUUAUCGGCAUACGAUUCUCCCUUCUUAUUGCGGGGUUGCAAAAGUUGUUCAACCCAGCAAGAAGGGGCAUGUGAAAAUGCGCAAAGAAGGUAACCAAAAAGUCGAGUUUAUAGUUUUGAACUUUUCAAUUUUCAGCAGCAAGAGAUGA